AUGGAUAUUACUACAGUUGUUUGUAUCAUACUUCUUGCCUAUACACCUUGUAAAUCCUUUUUAUACCAAUUUAAUCGUCAUAAAAUAUUAAGAAAUUCAACAUCUCUUUAUAAUGGUGAUCCAACCCAUCAUUGCAAAUCUUCACCAAUCAGGGUAGCUAUUAUGGGAAGUACUGGUUCCAUAGGUACACAAGCCUUGGAUAUUAUAUCAAAAAUGAAUGAAGGCGAUGAAAAAUUCAAAGUUGUAGCCCUGACAGCAAAAGAAAAUUUUCAAUUGUUGUCUAGACAAAUCGAAAAGUUCAAACCUGAAGUUGCACAUAUAUAUGAAUAUGCUGAUUCAUUGAGGGAGCUUGUAAGUGAUAAAACAGAAAUAAUCACGGGGAAAAGGGCACUUUUGGAUCUAUGCAAUUCAGAUAUCUAUGAUUUGUUGGUUCUUGGCAUCUCUGGUUCUGCCGGAAUUGAACCCACGAUCGCUGCUGCAAAAUCUGGAAAAAGGAUAGCACUUGCCAACAAGGAAUCGAUUGUAUCUGCUGGGGAUAUAUUAAAAAAUGUUGUUAGAGAAUGUGGGAGUAUCAUUUUACCCGUUGACUCUGAACACAAUGCUAUAUAUCAGUGUUUAUCACCCAUAGCUACCAACAAUGAAGCCCAUUCACAAUCCAUCUGCAAUAUACCAGAAAGCAUAAUCAACAGUAUCAAAAUGCUGGUACUAACUAGCAGUGGUGGCCCUUUUAGGGAAGUUGACGCCUCUCUAUUUGGAAAAAUGAAAGUAAGUGAUAAUAUUUCACACCCAGUUUGGUCGAUGGGAGCAAAGAUUACAGUAGACUCAUCUACUAUGAUGAAUAAGGGGUUGGAGAUAAUAGAAGCUCAUCAUUUGUUUGGAAUACCAGUGGAUAAAAUAGGAGUUCUAGUACACAAGGAGUGCAUAGUACAUUCUAUGGUAGAAUUCAUGGAUAAUUCUAUAAUAUCUCAGAUGUACCUACCGGAUAUGAGGUUGCCUAUAGCCUAUGCACUAAAUUGGCCAAAGCGCAUCCAUAACAGCUUACCAUCUCUAGAUUUAACUAAAUACACAUUAUCGUUUGCAAACCCAGACUUUGAAAAGUUUCCAUCCCUAAAACUUGCGUACCGAGUUGGAAAAGUGGGUGGACUAUUUCCAGCAGUUUUAAAUGCGGCAAAUGAUAGGGCUAACGAGCUAUUUAGAAUGGAUAUGGUGUCUUAUGAUGAAAUGUUUAAUCUUGUUAAAACAACUGUAGAGAAUUUUAAUCCUGACAAAUACUCAAAUGAUCUACAAGAUAUAUUAGAAGCGGACAAAUGGGCAAAGGACCAUGUUGAUAAGUUACAUAAAAGGAAAUAG